AUGUUUUCCAGCCCCAGCACGUCCACACCCUUCUCGGUUAAGGAUAUAUUAAACCUGGAGCAGCACACUAGUGCUGAGGACCUGGUCUCACUGGACAUCUCUCCACGGAUGGACUGUGCCUUACCGACCUCCUCCUGCAUGCUGGCCCGCCUGAAACAGGAGCCUCUCCGGGAGAUAUCGUCUGGAGGCUCGCUGUUUGGUGAGGAGCUCCAUGUGGCUAAAGCCAACAGAAAUACUGACCUCAACUUCGCAUCUACCUUCUAUGGGAAAUCUUUCUUAGAAAUGGACAUCAAGGAUGGCAAGACUGACAGCUUUGAGGGGAAAGACAGAAAAGGUAACAGUUUAUAUGAUAUUACUAUCGAAAUAGCCCUACGUAAGCCCAUGUGAAAAUCUGAAUAGUUAUGCAAGGUACUAACAGAUUUGCGUCAGACACAAUCUGAAAGCCUUUUAAAAGAUGUGUAGGCUAAGGAUAUAAGGCAUUUCACAAGUGAUGUAAUAGUAAUGCUACUCCUAUAUUAUACACUUAUUCUGGACUAAGAACAGUCAUAAGGAGGCCUAAUCUAUUUUACAAUAAAGGAGAACAUUUUAGAUUGAAUUCUCUCAUCAGGAUACCAAACAGUUCCAUGGAAGUUUGAUUACAAUUGAGAAAAUAUAGUAAUCACCUUCAUAAUCGACUGAACCUGUUUGACUUUUUGGACUCUAGGAUGUAGGGCAGACCUAGAAAGUUUGUCUAAUUUCUUAAAUGUCUGACAUUCUAAACCAAGUCUUGCAUAAAAGUAUUUAGGCUGAAUUCCUUUUUUUGGGUUCUUUAUACAAUUUAGCAUACUGGAAUUAAAUUAAAAAUGUCCUUAAUUUAUUAUGUUAUUUCUAUUCCACUAGACAUGUCCUACGUCGCUCAGAGCGAGCCGGUGGAGGACCUGAAGUCAGAGGACCCGGAUCGACCCGCCAAACCCCGGAAGCGCAGGAAGCCGCGCGUGCUGUUCUCACAGGCGCAGGUGUAUGAGCUGGAGCGUCGCUUCAAGCAGCAGAAGUACCUGUCGGCUCCGGAGAGAGACCACCUGGCCGCGGUGCUCAAACUUACCCCCACACAGGUCAAGAUCUGGUUCCAGAACCGCCGCUACAAGUGCAAGAGACAGCGACAGGACCAGAGCCUGGAGAUGGUCGGUAUCCCGCCGCCGAGACGCAUCUCAGUCCCAGUGCUGGUCCGAGACGGGAAGCCCUGCCUUGGAGACUCGACGACCUAUAAUACUUCAUAUAAUGUGGGCCUUAACCAUUUCACUUAUAACAGUUAUCCAGCGUUCAGUAAUUAUCCCAGUCCUGGCUGUAAUACGAACUAUGCGUGUAACUAUCCCACAACUGCGGUGCAGUCUAUCCAGCCCUCACCAAACAACGGGAAUUACAUGAACUUCGGCGUUGGGGAGUUAAAUAACGUUCAAAACACGUUUCCGUCCGGCAAUGGAGUGCCUUCUUUACAUGGGAUCAGAGCGUGGUGA